CAACGACAAGCUUUCGGGCGCUCGGGACAAGACUCAUCGACAAUCUUCAUCGAAUCACGAAUGGCAAACAUGUAUCCGAGUGCAAGGAUGAUGUAGUGUACCUUAUUGUGUGGGUCGGUCCAACCUCGAACAGGAAGGUGGAAGUCUAUUGCUCAGUCACUGUAGGCGUCAUCUCACUGUGUUUACACUCCUCAUCCUAUCAAUGAACGGCUUGUCAUCGAUAGCAGGUUCGCGGCCAUCAUACUGAUCCAACUUAUCCUGGACUCUGUCGUAUCUCCGACUAUGGCCUUCUGCUUUUGGCCAAGUGUUGAGCCGCAUGCUCAGAAAUGUUGGCAUGGGAGCGAACCUUCAAAUACCGGCGCAAGACCAGCAAUCCUGAUGCAUCCGUUGAUCAAACUGCAAGAUGAAGCUCACCACGCUUUUCGGCACGCUGCUCUGUGCUUCCACAACGCUCGCUGGCAAUUCGCCACACAAGCGCAAUGUUUUCGACAAAGUGAAGCCAAUGAACAAGGCUAACUCGAUCCUCGACAAACGCGUACCAAACCAGCCCAUCCUCGAGCGACGCUCGGCAAAUGAGCCUUUCAAGAACGCAGAACUCCAAAAACGAGCAUCUCGUUUCUUGACAGACAAGACGGAAGCAUUUGCCGUCAACGGUACUGGAAUCCCGGAGGUGCCAUUCGACAUUGGCGAGUCUUACGCUGGGCUUUUGCCCAUCUCUGACAGCCUCAACGAGACCCGCAAGCUGUUUUUCUGGUUCUUCCCUUCCACACUUGAGAACGCACCGGAAGAAGUUGUGAUCUGGCUCAAUGGCGGACCCGGCUGCUCGUCCCUCAGCGGACUUUUGACCGAAAACGGGCCUUUUACUUGGGAAGCAGGAACCAAUGCUCCUGUGGCAAACCCGUAUUCGUGGACUAACCUAACCAACAUGAUCUGGGUAGAGCAACCAGUCGGCGUAGGAUACUCACAAGGAACCCCUAAUAUCACCGACGAAGUCCAGCUUGCAACCGAGUUCCGGGGUUUCUGGAAGAGCUUCUUUGAUACCUUUGAGCUUCAAGGCUGGAAGACGUAUAUUACCGGAGAAUCUUACGGGGGUUACUACGUACCGUACAUUGCCGAUGGCUUCAUCGGUGCCGACGACGACCAGUACUACAAUCUGGCCGGUAUCUCAAUCAACGACCCCAUCAUUGGAGACGAGACAAUCCAGCAGCAGGUUGUCAUUCUGCCUUACGUCGAAUUUUGGCAAAACCUGAUGUUCUUGAACGACUCGUUUAUGUCCGAUAUUCGCAAGCAUCAGGACGACUGUGGAUACACGGAUUACCUUGACACAUACUUCAAGUUCCCGCCACCAAAGGGACCAUUCCCAGUGCUUCCUGAUCCAUUCUCCACGGAUAACUACACAUGCGACCAGUUUGACAACUUCUACAGCGCUAUUCUGGAAGUCAACCCAUGCUUCAACAUCUACCACAUCACCGAGACGUGCCCACAUCCAUUCUCCCAGCUCGGCAUAGUCAACACUGGUGACUACCAACCGCCCGGUGCCGUUGUCUACUUCAACCGCACUGAUGUACAAGAGGCUCUUCACGCCGUAGUUGGCACGAACUGGGAGCAGUGCACCAACGUCAACGUUUUCGGAAACGGAGAUGAUUCUGGUUCAGAUACCUCCGUCGGUCCUGCCAACAACGGUGUCCUGCAGCGCGUCAUCGAAUACACGAACAACACGAUCAUCGGCUCUGGUGACCUUGACAUGCUGCUGAGCACCAACGGAACUCUCUUUGCCAUCCAAAACAUGACCUGGAACGGCGCUCAGGGUCUCAGCAGCUACCCAGCUACUCCACUCUACGCCCCGUACCACCCCGAGUACAACGGUGGAGCUUUGGCAGGCGCUGGUAUCCAAGGUGUCUGGACUCAGGAGCGUGGAAUGACGUUCUACACUGCUCGAUUGGCUGGACAUGAGCUGCCUGGUUACACUCCCGGCGUCGCUUACCGCAUGUUGGAGAUUCUGCUUGGAAGAGUAGACGACUUCAGCAGCACUCAGAGCUUCACUACCCAGACUGGCAACUACACCGGCAACGGUACU